GUCCUCACUUCCAAGAUGACCAAGAAAAGAAGGAACAAUGGUCGUGCCAAAAAGGGCCACGGCCAUGUGCAGCCUAUUCGUUGCACCAACUGCGCCCGAUGUGUGCCCAAGGACAAGGCCAUUAAGAAGUUCGUCAUUCGAAACAUAGUAGAGGCCGCAGCCGUUAGGGACAUUUCCGAAGUGAGUGUGUUCGACGCCUAUGUGCUUCCCAAGCUGUAUGUGAAACUACAUUACUAUGUGAGCUGUGCCAUUCACGGCAAGGUAGUCAGGAAUCGUUCCCGUGAAGCCCGGAAGAACCAAACACCCCCACCUCGAUUUCGACCUGUGGGUGCUGCCCCACGACCUCCACCAAAGCCCAUGUAAGGAGCUAAGUCCUUAAGGACUGAAGAAAUAUUCUCGGGGAAAAAAUAAAAUGGA